AUGGGAUUUGACUGUAAAUGGGUUGAGGUGAUUCUGAGAUGUGUUUCUACUGUCUCAUAUUCUGUCCUUUUAAAUGCGAUCCCACAAAACCCCUUUACUCCUUCUAGAGGGAUUAGGCAAGGAGACCCUUUGUCUCUUUACGUUUUUAUUCUUUGUGCUGAAUCACUAAGUAAACUGAUUCAGCAUGUUGAAGGAUCUGGUGCUAUUAUAGGUGUUCCUUUGGGUAGAAAUCAGGUGAGAAUUAGUCAUCUGUUUUUUGCAGAUGAUGGUCCAGGACUUCCUGUGGAGGUUGGCAGAUCAAAAACCAAAGCCUUUAGAAGUGUUAUUGACAAAGUUAGAAGGAGAAUCAGCAACUGGAAAAUGAAGUACUUAUCUCAGUGGGGUCAGAAAGCUGAGGAGAGGAAGAUUUAUCGGUGUCAUUGGGAUAAAAUGUGUAAGGCUAAAGCAGUUGGUGGGUUAGGAUUCAGAGACCUUGAACAUUUUAAUCUUGUUAUGCUGGCUAAACAAGGGUGGAGAUUGCUUCAUUUCCUUGAUUCACUUGCUGCAAAGGCUCUCUCCUCUAAAUACUAUCCUGAUGGCCAGUUUCUCAAGGCUACAAUUACAAGGCACCCAUCCCUUAUAUGGAGAAGUAUCAGGCCUGCAAAACCAUUGUUAGAAGAAGGAUUAUUCUAG